CAGCCCGCACCCGUGCCCCUCGCCCUGUCCGAUGGCUCCGCGGCCGCUGAGCCCCUUGGUGCUGGCGCUGGGCGGCGCCGCGGCCGUGCUGGGCUCCGUACUCUUCAUCCUCUGGAAGGCCUACUUCGGGCGCGGACGCGAGCGGCGCUGGGACCGGGGCGAGGCCUGGUGGGGCGCGGAGACUGCCCGCCUCCCUGAGUGGGACGAGUGGGACCCUGAAGACGAGGAGGACGAAGAGCCAGCGCUGGAGGAGUUGGAGCAGCGUGAGGUGCUGGUGCUGGGGCUGGACGGCUCGGGGAAGAGCACGUUCCUGCGCGUGCUGUCCGGAAAGCCACCGCUGGAAGGCCACAUCCCCACCUGGGGCUUCAACUCUGUGAGGCUGCCCACCAAGGACUUCGAGGUGGACCUGUUAGAGAUCGGCGGCAGCCAGAACCUACGCUUCUACUGGAAGGAGUUUGUGAAUGAAGUAGACGUGCUGGUGUUCAUGGUGGACUCAGCUGACCGGUUGCGGCUGCCCUGGGCCCGGCAGGAACUGCACAAGCUGCUGGACAAGGACCCUGACCUGCCUGUCGUUGUGGUGGCCAACAAGCAGGACCUGAGUGAGUCCAUGAGUAUGGUGGAGCUACAGCAGGAGCUGGGCCUGCGGGCUAUCGAUAGCCAGAGGGAGGUGUUCCUCUUGGCAGCCAGCAUCGCCCCUGCAGGACCCGGCUUUGAAAACCCUGGCACCGUGCAUAUCUGGAGACUGCUCUUGGAGCUUCUCUCCUAGGCCAGCUAUCACCAGCUUGCCACCCUACCCUGAAGACCCUAGUCCUGCCACUCCUCCUGUCUACUGCCAGUGUGGGCCUGAGGCAGGAGCCAUGUAGCAGGACUGCCCUUCUCUCCACCCACCCUCCAGAGCAGGGCCUGGGCAAGGCUAGGAACCGCACAGAAGCCUUCCAACGGUGAGGUGGCCAUGAGGCUGAAGUGGGGAGGCAGGUGAGGCAGAUAGUGGAAGAGCAUAGUGUCUGGCUCACUCCAGGCUGGAAGUGGAUCGGGCUUUCACCGCUAAAGGCACCUCCUUCUCUGACGUGUACAGUAAGGUUCUCAGUCUCUGCAGGUCCCAGUGACUGAGAAUCGGGACAGCGUCAAAAGUACUCCCAGUCUAAAACCGUUCCCUCCUGGUGACCUCAUGCCCGUCACGCAGGCGGGUUCUGGGCAGCCCACAGUGAGCCUUGGCUCCAGGGCCCACAAUGUCCUGCAGCCCCAGCUCCACCGGGCUGGCUCGAGGCCUUGUGCUAUCUCUGCCGCUCUGGCCCUGGGACCAUCAUUUUUAAAGAGAUGGCUUCCUUGGUUUUUUCUCACUUGGAGAUAGAUUUUCCAGCCAUGAAGAUAAGAAGGGCUGGGACGAACCUGGAGAUCCUAGCAAGGAGUUUUCUGAAACCUCCCUGCUUCUGCAAGCUAAGGCCUGCCUGCCAGACUACAGCAUCAAGUGGUAUUCAGCCCUGAGCAGAGACACGGAGGGCUUUCCUCCCCCUCGUCUGGGGACAGAAACUGCAGCUCUAUGCCAGUGCCCGUGUUUACAGAAUUCUGGGGAAGGAGCCUAUGUCCCUGAGGAGAAGACGGUCAACUGCAUUCUAAUUAUUUAUUUAUUUAUUUAUUCAUACAAGGAACAGACCAAAGUCUCAGGUUCUGUUUCUAGGUGCUGUUAUCAAAGCCCCGGAUGACUGCCAUGGAAAAUUUGUGUCUUUGAGGAAAACAGCUAGAAUUGUGAGACGUGCGAUAACCUGCACGUGUCAGUGGAGACAAAGCUCUAGCUUUCCCCCAACAUUUACAGCUAUAAUCGGCAUCCCCCUUUACCCUGACCCACAUGAACUUAAAACUCUGCCACUUGGCCCAAUAUGUCAAAAGGACACAAUCCCCUCCCAUGUAGCUGGUGACUGUAGGAGAGGACAUUUCAAUCAUGUAAAUCCAGGUAAACAAAAAUGGGAAUUAGCAGAUCAGCCAACAGGAUACCUGAGGCUUUGGGUACCUCAGUCUUUCUGGACCUGCUGACUCCCCAGCCAAAAGUUGGACAGAAUUUCUAUUCUCUCCAGUGCACACUCACAGUUUAUUUAUAUGCUGACACUUUAGUGCAGGCCAAGGACGGAGCCUUUUGUCUGCGCUGAGUAAUCAGUAGCCACAGAUGGACUUUUUUUUAGCAGAGAUAGCCAACUCAGUUUGCUUUUUAAUUGAGAAUAGAGAUGAUGUGCCUUCAUUUCACUUGACAUUGACUCAGCGUGCCUCAGUUCCAUGCUGUGGCCUACAUGAGAAGAGGCAUAGGGAGGAAGGUGGGAUGGACGCUCUAGAAGUCCAGAAAUGUGACGAGUUACAGUGGCCUGCUGUGCUCUUGGGCUGUGGGUGUAUGACAGAAUCACUGUCCUUUGAAAUUCUAAUUAACUUUCUGCAGAAGAAAGAAGAGAUUUGACUGCUUUUAUCUUAAAUAUUUAAGGAAUGACUUGACUUUUAGAGUACCCUUUGAACUUUUGCCGACAGCUUUUCAUUUUGACAUUUAAAGAUUGUGAAACUUUACGUCUUUGUUCUAUAAACUUCACCUUGUUCUCCAGUGCUUGACAUUUACCUCUGGAACCAGCAUCAUUGUAGGGGACCCUUUUCUAAUUAAGAUCUCCCUUUGGUCUAAUGAGUAUCGUUAUGUAAUACAGUUUUCAAAGUCUGCAGUGAGGGGAGUGACCUUGAAUAGUUAUAUCUACAUGAGUGACCUCUGAAGACCACUCCCAGAACUGUUGGGUCCCAGUGGUACACUGGAAGACACAAGCCACUGAGGGGGCCUGAAGGUCCAGAGUACCACCCUGAUGCUUGUGCAGAAUAUAGAUGUUCUCUUGACCUGUGUGUGUGCCUCAUCACAUUUGUGGCUGACUGCUGCACUCCUCUGGUGCGACUGCUGGCCUGUCGUCCAGGCAGAGUGUCAAUAGUGCUCAACCGCUCUGGUUUCUGCCAGGACUGGGCAAAGUGGAGAACGGGCCUCUCUUAUGAAUAGCCGAGUGCCUGGCCCGUGCUGCUCUUACCCAGUUGCUCCUGAAUGUGACUUUCUGAUUCACCAGCCCAGAUCACCUGCUCCUGGGAACCAGCCAUUAUCUGUGGAGUUCAUCUCAAAGUGAGUUUUCUGAGCUAGCCUGGGUGACACUGCUCCCCCCAAGACUGCCCCAACACUAUAGCUCCCAGCCUACCUGAGCAUGGGAUAUGGGUCAAAUGUCAGCCCUUCUCCUUUUCUAAGGAAGGCAACUGGAAGGCAGGCUCUGGAUCUGAGAGAGCAGGUGGGCACUCCAUAUCAAAAAGAAGCUUCUGCUUCUGCCUGCCUGUUGAACCGAUGCCUGAUCAUUCACCCUGGCACCAACGGCUUCUGAUCUUAAGAAUUAAUGCAAUGUGGCUUCUGCUUUUCCAUCCUCUCACCUGCUGCCAACCCUCGGAGGAGAGGCCGACUUGGCCCAAAGCUUGGUCAUGUGAAUGGUCUAAGCAAGAAGGCUCCAAGACCACCACCUUGACUGGCUGCUUAUCCGCAGAGCCUCCUCUGGUACCUCUUGCACUGACACACGGGUAUCCAGCGUAAGGACGGGGGUGAGUGGUGAAAUCAGCCCGUCACAGCACUCCCCUCCCUCCACAGAGAGGUGCUGAUGAAAAUCUGAGGACUUGCCUGUCUGCAUGGAUGAAACACUAGAUUGCAAAACAAUGUUUCCACCUGUCUAUGGAAAACAUUUUGUUCUUAAACUUGCUUAAUAGCAACUGCCAGCACUUUGAACUAGCUGCUGAAACUCACUUGUGGUAUUCAUCCUGGUACACCUGCCCAGAUCUCAGGCCUGGAAUAGUCUGAGCAUCUUCCUGUCACAUUUGUUGGCUCACACAUCUUCAGUCGUUUCUAAUAGCUGUGUGAAGAACCUCCAACUUUUCCUCAUUUGCUGCCUCUGCGAGGUGGGCCCAUGAGGUACAUAAGGAGAAUUCCCAUCAAAGAUCUGGAAGUGAAGAGGCCUUGCUGUCCCACCCCAAGUCCUGUGAACCCAGACCCACAGGGUUGUCAAGGACAGAUUGCAUUAAGGGAGACCAAGUGGCUGUUUGAGACACACAAUAAAUGCCAAAAA